AUGGCCACAUCCGCCUCCGCCAACUCUGCUGCUGGCCGUGCUCUUCCUCCUUCCACUCCGCCGCUGUCGGCCUCUUCCGGAGGCUCCGUACGCCGCGUGCUACAUGGUUACCGCGCCAGCAGCGGUCCCCGCCACGCCCAUCGUCGGGUGGCGCCCGCUGCCGUACCGCCGUCCGCCGCCACCACGCUACUCAUGACGCAUCCCGCCGCCGCCGGUUUCAGCAGCACGGGCAGCUACGCGAGCAGCGUGGACGAGCAGGACGAGCAGCCGUACGACAUGGAUGAGGAGUUGGCGCCGCCGCCGGACCUGCCUGUGCCGCGAGGUGUGUAUGCGUUCGUACGCGCCCCAUGCAACCGUAUGAGCUCUCUCCGGGGUCGGGGGGAUGUGUCGUGGCGACUGAUGCCAGGUCAGCGAGCUGGGUUAGUUGGGGCUAACGGUUGCGGCAAGAGUACGCUGCUGCGCUGCCUGGCCGGGCUGAGACAUGUGGACGCGGGAAUGGCGCGAAUUUCACAUACCGUACAGGUGGGAUACCUGGAGCAGACUGCGGUGGGCGGCAGUCGUCGUACAGUUUGGCAGGAGGCCCGCAGUCGCAUGAGCGGGUUAGUGGCUGCGGAGCGGGACAUGCAGCGGGCCGAGCGGGAGCUGGCGGCGGGGGACACAUCAGCCGCCGCCCGCCUCGCAGCCGCCCAGGAUGCCUGGGAGCAGGCAGGCGGCCCGGAGAGUGAGCGCACCAUCACUGCCGUACUGACGGGUUUGGGGUUCCGUCGUGAGCAGUUCCACAAGCGGUGCAGUGAGUUCAGUGGGGGAUGGCAGAUGCGCAUCGCUCUAGCGCGGCUCCUGCUGGGUCCCGCGGGUCAGGGCGGUUCCGGAGCGGGUGCGUUACUGCUGUUGGACGAGCCAACUAACCAUCUGGAUAGCGCGGCCUGCAAGUGGCUGGGCAAUUUCCUCCGUACGGGUGUACCGCCCACGACCUCUGUCGUACUGGUGUCUCACGACGAGGCCUUAUUGGAGAGCGCGUGCGACCGCAUUGUGGAGGUCCGGGGCCGUCAGCUGCACGGCUACGUGGGAGGUUUCCGCAAGUUCUUAGAACAGCGGGCGGCCCGGGAGGCGCAGGCUCGAGCGGAGGCUGAGGCCCAACAAGCGGAAAUCGACAAGUUGGAGGAGUUCGUGACGCGUUUCGGAGCCAAGGCGUCCAAGGCCUCCCAAGCCCAGUCCAAGGCCAAGAUGUUGGAGAAGCUCAAGGCAGCGCAAACCGAAAUCCCGGCAGCGGCGGCGGCCACCGGGGCAGGGGACGCGCGCAAGGUGGCGCUGAGGCUCCCCCGCGCCCCCCCUUGCUACACGGAGGCCAUAAAGCUCAGUGGGGUGGCGGUGGGCUGGGGACCCGCACCCGCACCCCCGGGGACACCGACGCCGGCGGAAGCUGGGGCCCCGGUGCUAGGUCCCAACGGCGCGGGCAAGUCAACCCUCUUGAAGGCCAUCGGGGGCUCCCUGCCGCUAUGGGCGGGUAGUCGUACACUGGGGGAUGGAGUACGACUGGCCGUGUUCUCCCAGGACCUUGCGCAGGUCCUCACGGGCGCACUCCGCGACUUCAACGGCGUCAUCAUCGCCAUCACCCACAACCAGGCCUUCGCAAACUCUCUCAACGCCACUCACAUUCUUAGAGUGGGCAAUGGCACUGCGAAGCUCACGGACAACCUGGGACUCUCAGCCAAGGACUUUGAGCACGGACCCGCCACUGCGGCGGCAGCGGGGGCGGCGGCGGCCGCCAGUAAGACUGGCGGCGGCGGCGGCGGCGGCGGCGCGGCCGCCUCGUCCUCUGGGUCGGCAUCCGGAAAGAAAGGCAAGGCUGCGGCAGCACCGGCAGCGACGGCUCCGCCGCCCCCUCCGCCGGCGGCAGCGGCAGCGGCAGCGGUAGCGGCGGCCCCCAAGCCCAAAGCCAAGCGUACGACACUAGCGUACAAGGAGCAGCUGGAAUAUCAAAAGCUAGGGAGGGAGUUGGAGACGCUCGGGAGGCGGAGGGAGCAGAUUGACCAGCAGCUAGCGACGGCGGCUGCUGCUGGUGGUGGUGCUGGUGGUGGCAGCAGCAGCAGCAGCAGCAGCAGCAGCUUCAGUGAGAUCGAACGACUGAGCAAGGAGCUCGCCAAGGAGCUGAACCCCCUGCCCUUUGGCGUGACCAUUGCCAACUGCAUCGCAUGGCUCGGGUAUGGCCUCCUCAAGCACGACCCGUUCGUCACGGCGCCCAACGCGGCAGGUGUCCUCAUCGCCGUGUUCAUGACGUUGACAGCAUUUGGUCUGGCUGACGAUACAGCUCAACACAAGAUGCGAUUCGUGGUCUGCCUGACUGCCGGUGUGAUGCCGCUGCUGGGUGUGUUUACCACCUUCGGUACCAAGGACGUUAAACUGCAGCAAGGACUAUGGGGCCUGGCCGGGAACGUCAUUUGCCUGAUCUACUACGCCGCCCCGCUGUCUACCAUGUGGGAGGUCAUCCGCACCCGCAACUCGGCAUCCAUACUGGUGCCGCUGACCAUGGUGGGUCGGGAGAGGAAGGGAGGGCCCUUCCCCCCUCCCACCCGACCCGUCAUCCCCGGCCCCGAUAUGCAACGCAACAACACCGAACGCGACCCGCUGCUCAAAUCCGCUUCUGCUUGCGCUGAUGUCAUGAUGGAUGGCGGCAACAACAACAGCGGCGGAGGUGGCGGCAGCGGCGGUAGCGGGAAGUACAGCCGGCUGGAUGAGACUGUGAGCCUGGCCGGGUCGUCUGGGCCUCGGGUAGAGGUGUGGAGGUGCAUGAAAGCUGUACUCAUUGACACGUAG